UGAAGAGUUACGUUGCCCUUUGGAACGGAAAGAAACAGAAUAAGGAUGUGGAGUCAGAAAUUAUGUCCCGUGGCAAGGUCUGCCAUUUUACUACGUCAUGCUGCAUACAUACCAAGGGUUGCUAUGGCAACAAGCAUCAACACAAGCCCCACCUAUGGACCAAUUUUUAUACCACAGAGGCAAAAAGUCACAGUGGCUGCCCAAAUGGAAGAUCGUUUUGAACCACCAGCUUUACGCGGAGCCUGGACAACAGCACCAUCUUUUGAUGUGGAAAAGAUGACAGCACUCCUUGAUCACGAUAAUCACGACAUGAGGAAGAAGUUUCGUGAAUUUGUCAGUGACCCUGUCAUGAUACCAAAGUACAACAUAACUCUGAAAGAAGAACGCGACAUUGCUCUUGCUAGGCUACAGAGAAUCUGUGAUGCUGGGUUUAUAUCUGUACUGGACUUUAAGAAUAAUCCCCUGAGGAUAUUUGCUGCACAUGAGUUGGCGUCUGUUAUUGAUCCUGCCAUGACCACAAAAAUGACAGUGCAGUUCAACUUGUUUGGGGGCACCGUGCUGAAGCUUGGAACAGAGAGACACCAUGGCAAGCUACUUGCAGGCAUAGACAAUCUUAAUGAUGUUGGUUGUUUUGGCCUGACAGAGUUGGGAUAUGGCAACAAUGCUGUAGAAAUGGAAACAACUGCAAUAUAUGACAAAGACACCCAGGAGUUCAUUAUAAAUACCCCUACACCCCUGGCCCAGAAGUACUGGAUUACUAACGGUGCUGUACAUGCUAAACAUUGUGUCGUGUUUGCUCAACUACACCCUGAAGGCCCUGGCACUAAAUCUCAAGGUAUUCAUGGUAUCCUUGUGCAGGUCAGGGACAAUGACUUGAACACAAUGCCUGGAGUCACCAUCGAAGAUAUGGGCUACAAGAUGAGUGGAAAUGGCGUUGAUAAUGCUAAACUGUCAUUUGAUAAUGUCAGAGUGCCAAGAGAAAAUCUGUUAAACAAGUAUUCUGAUGUGGAGGCUGAUGGCACAUUCACCAGUACCAUCAAGGGUACCAGGAACAGGUUCUUAACUGUUGCUGACCAGUUGCUCUCAGGCAGGAUUUGUAUUGCGUCUAUGAGCCAGGGGGCAGCUAAGGCAGCAUUGACCAUUGCCUUGAGGUACAGCGCCACUAGGCUCACAGUAGGGGCAACAGGUCAAUCAGACACCAGUAUUAUGAACUACCAGCUGCAGCAGCGUGCCAUGAUUCCCCUCCUGGCGAGCACAUAUGCCAUCAACUUUGGGCUGGACUACAUCAAGGACCGCUGGGCCUUCCAGAAUGAGGAUGGCAGCGAACAUGCCGAGAUUGUCACCAUGUGUUGCGCCAUUAAACCCAUAGCUUCCUGGAAUGUAGAAGACCUGGCUUCAACAGCAAGGGAACGAUGUGGAGGACAAGGCUAUCUCUCUUGUAAUAGAUUCGGGGGAUUUAUUGGCCUGGCACACGCUGCAAUGACAGCUGAGGGAGACAACAGUGUGCUCAUGCAGAAAGUAGCAAAAGAAGCCUUAACCAUGUUCAAACCUAAAGCAUUACGUGCACCCGAGACGCAGAACCUUGAUGACCCUGAAUUCCUGCACUAUUGCUUGGAGAAGCGUGAACAGACACUGUUCAUGUUCCUUGGAGCCAAGAUGAAGAAAGCAGGGAAAGAAGGGAUGUUUGAGACAUGGAUGUACCAAGAGAGCGACCUCAUCCAAGCCGCUGCAAGAUCUUAUGGGGAGCGCCUAAUCAGUGAACAGUUCAAAGCUGUUAUAGAUAAAGCAGAAGGUGGCAAUAAAGAAAUCCUGAGUCAGUUGUACAACCUUUACGUAUUGAACAUUAUAGAGAAACAACUCGGACAGUUCAUAACCAAUGAAAUCAUUUCUGUUCAAACUGGCCGAUUGGUCAACCCAAAAGCUGCGGAAAUGUGCCGACAGAUUGCACCACAAGCCCUGAACCUUUGUGAAUCCUUCGCUAUAACAGAUUUCAUGUUGUCUGCCCCAAUUGCUCAAGAUUGGGUGAAAUACAAUACAUAUGACAAUCAGGGUGAGGUACAGUAACAUGAAACUGUGGACAUUAAGACAUUCAAUUCAAUUCACUUGAUAUCAUAAAAUCAUAUCUUUACAUUGUCAUCAUCCUUGGUCCAUUUUGAUUACUCAUAACUGUAACUGAGGAUUUCAGUUCAUCAUCACAGUGAUUUAGUUGCUAAUAAUUAUAUAUUUAUAUUAUGAAUUACAAUAAAUCAAAAAUUGAUAUUUAAAAAAA